CACCAACAAUUCAACAAUUGCAAACAGCAUACACUCCCUACCAUGGACAGAACAGCAGAGUUCAGAUCGUGUGUAGCAUCAAUCAAGAACCGCUCCACAAACAAAUCACGACCAUUCGAAGCACGACGUCUACUCGCAUCGAGUCCACCACCAUCAACGACGGAUGUACUGUCAGGUGGACAUAACCCCAAGACAGAGUUUGCGCGUCAGGCGGCACAGAUUGGCCGGGAUAUCAAUAACAUGGUCGGAAAGCUAGAACGGCUGGCAGCACUAGCAAAACGAAAAACCCUCUUCGACGACCGCCCAAUCGAAAUCUCCGAACUAACCUACAUCAUAAAACAAGACAUCGCAGCCCUAAAUACCUCCAUCCGCUCCCUCCAAUCCCUCACCAAAUCCCAACGCUCGGGCAAGCAACAACAAGAACACUCCCAAAACGUGGUAGUCCUCCUCCAAAGCCGAUUGGCGAGUGCGAGUAUGAGUUUUAAGGAUGUGUUGGAGGUACGGACGAAGAAUAUGAGGGAGAGUCGGCAGAGGACGGAACAGUUUAUGGCGGCGACGACGUCGAGGCCGGAGAGUGCGGCGUCUUUCCAGACUGCACCGUAUGCGGGUACACAUCCACAUAGCACACCCGCACCACCCGAAGGACGACACCAACCCCCACCACAAAAACAAGACUUCCUAGCCCUAGACCUCGGUGACGCCGAGAAUUCUAUCGGAAUGGGAAUGGGAGGCCAACAACACCAACAACUAGCCCUCGCCGACCCAACAACCACAUACCUCGACUCCCGCGCCUCCGCAAUCGAAACAAUCGAAUCCACGAUUCACGAACUCGGCUCAAUCUUUUCUCAACUAGCACAAAUGGUCUCGGAACAACGCGAGCAAAUCACUCGGAUCGAUCAAGAUACGGAGGAUAUUGUGAGUAAUGUGGGUGGGGCGCAGAGGGAGUUGAUGAAGUAUUAUCGGAGGGUUAGUAGUAAUCGGAUGUUGAUGUUGAAGGGGUUUGGGGUGUUGAUUAUUUUCUUUUUGUUAUGGGUUUUGGUGUCGUGAGACCAAGAUCGAGCCAUCGGCGAGGGCGAAGGGGAGGAAUGGGAGUGGGGAGACAUACGGUGUAUUUUUACGGGCCGUAAUUCACAAG